AUGCCCAACAACCAGGCACAAUUCAUACAUGUGAACCCGGGGAAGGCAAAGCGAACGCCGAAAGAUACUCAACUACAGUGCCAAGUAUGCUUCAAAGCUUUUGAUACAAGGGAAGCUUUGCGCGAUCACAUUGGGGCCUUUCAGGUGAAUAAGAGUGCUUGUUAUGAGAACGAAAGCGACGAUGACGACGACGACAACGAUGACGACGAAGACGACGACGACGAAGACGACGACGACGAAGACGAUGAAUACGACCAUUCCAAUGACGGUCAUGGAGCCAAAUCUUGUCAAUCAGGUUUAGAACAGGACGGCCAGGCUAAGCUUCGUUGUCCAUACACCAAUUGCAGCCGCAAGAAGCACUUCAAGGCCAGAAGAGGUCUUGUGCGACACUAUCAGUCACAGAGGCAUGCCCAGCUGCGUAGACACAGCGCUGAACAACUCAGCCAGAUGCUACCCAUGGAUGGCAGAAGACGUGAGCUGGGAGCCAAGCGAAAACACGAAGAGGUGGACGAGUACUCAGAGCCACAGCUCCCAAAAAAGCGUGCGAUCUCUAACAACAAUGGGAGAGGCGCGCAUUACCGUACAACCCCCACUGCCGACGCCGCCUGUAUCAUACUACCAGUCCGAAACUCCAGCGAGCUUAUCCGACGCUGA